UACCCAAAACAACACUAUGGCCUCUCUUUAUCCUAACUCUCCAAUUGCCGUUGCUUCCCUUUGUUUCCUACUCUUCAUUUCUCUUCCAACCAAAUCCUUCUCACAAGACCCACAAAUAGCUGACUGCUCUCCACAGUUGAUACUACCACUGACUCCCUGUGCACCAUUUGUGCAAGGCACAGCCCAAUCACCACCACCAACUUGCUGUGAAAACCUCAAGCAACUCUACUUGCAACAGCCUGGCUGUCUUUGCCUCUUGCUCAAUGACACUAACUUCACUUCUUUCCCAAUUAACAGAACCCUAGCCCUGCAGCUGCCUGUUCUUUGUCACAUACAAGUCAACAUCUCUGCUUGUUCAGGACUUCCUCAAGUUCCUACAAGUUCUCCUACUUCUCAAGUUUCUCCAGGGGCACAGACCAAUUCUUCUAGUGAGAGACACAUCAAUUCUACUAUUGCUGCUUCUCCAAUGAUUCAAGUGGCACCAAGGCCUGUUAUCAUGGGAUUAGGUCUGGGCCGGAGCGCUGCAGGUAUCAAGUUGAAGGCUGAAGGAUUUAUGGUGCUUCUAGCGAUUUUGGCAUCUAUUCUUCUUACAAAAAGAACUCAAACUAUCUAAUUCCAAGCUUGUUGUAGCUUUUGAGCAUGUUUAUCCUAUAUCAGUAUUCUUAAAUUUUCUAGUGUCUAGGAUUGUUAGUCCGAGUCAUUAUGAACCGAGUUUAAGGUUCUUUUUACUACUGAAAAUAAUUAACAUAAA